AAAACACGAUUUCAUAUAAAAAAGGAGUGCAGAAGAGGAGAAAAGGAGACUAGGGUUUGAGAUCAAGGGUGUGCUCGGAAUCCAAGAUCAGAUGGAAGCAGCUGCAUCGGAGAAGAAGGAAGCCGAGAGCAAGAUUUCCGCCAUCCGACACGCUCAAUCAGUUGGCGAUCUCCCAUCUGCAGAUAGAGAGGCCGAAGAAGAGCGCCGACGCCAACAAGAACGGGACCUCAAAGCCGGUUUACACCCUCUCAAGCACAAGUUUGUUUUCUGGUACACUCGUCGGACGCCCGGUGUUCGAAGUCAAACAUCAUAUGAAGACAACAUAAAGAAAAUAGUGGACUUUAGUACGGUUGAAGGUUUUUGGGUCUGCUAUUGCCAUUUGGCUCGUCCAUCAUCUUUGCCAGUCCCAACUGAUUUGCAUAUUUUCAAGGAGGGAAUUCGCCCGCUAUGGGAGGAUUCUGCUAACUGCAAUGGUGGCAAGUGGAUAAUACGAUUCAAAAAGGCUGUCUCAGGUCGUUUUUGGGAGGAUUUGGUUCUAGCAUUAGUUGGUGACCAACUUGAUUAUGGUGACAACAUCUGUGGUGUGGUACUUAGCAUUCGGUUCAAUGAAGACAUAUUGAGUGUGUGGAACCACAAUGCAUCUGAUAAUCAGGCAGUGAUGGCUUUAAGAGAUUCAAUAAAGCGGCACUUAAAGCUUCCCCCUAGCUAUGUGAUGGAGUAUAAACCCCAUGAUGCUUCUGUGCGUGACAACUCUUCGUAUAGAAACACUUGGUUGAGAGGAUAGGAAGGACACCCAGCGUAUUCUCUCAUUUUGCAGCCUUGGUAAUAUAGCAGCAGAGGUUGCAAAGACAAGCAAGUUCUUGUGUUGUCUCUACGGUGGGUUGCUUGCUCUUGCUUCACUUGAAGAUCGUGGAUCACAACCAGUUAACCCUGUAAAGGACCUAGCAACUCUCUGGUAUGUAUCGGCGAUGCUAUUCUUUCCAAGAUAUAAUCAAGUUCGUGUUAUCGUCAUGUUAAACAUUUUGUUUUUGGGACCAUUUACUGGGUUUAUCUUUGUUUCAACUGGUAUAACUCCUUCCAUAUCCUGCCUAUUAUGGUUGAUUUUCACAAGUAUUUCUAAGCUGUAGUUUCCAGCCUUCUACUACAUGUGAGCAUUUGCCAAUACAUGUGGCCGAGGCCUGACACACAUACCCUAAUGAUGUAUAAUGUAGGAUGGUAAAUUGCAAUUACCACCUUUAAGGUUUGUCCUAAUUGCAGGAAUAUCCUUUAUGUUUUGAAAUAGCAAUAAUCUUUUCUGCUAUUAAGAUCAUUUUACCCUUCAUUUUC